CUGGGUGGGUUCGAAACAUGAGGGGUGGAAUUUCAGUUGAAAUCCACGUGGGGUAGCUCCCAAAUCUCUGGCUGCACUUCCUCCUGAUCUUGGGCCAGCUAAUGCAGCGCAGAGAGGGCAGGGAUAUCGGAGGAACUCCUCUUGUAUCUGUUCCUCGGCCUGGUCAGGAUGAUCAUCCACUGGUUUGGAUUAAAUGCGGCCUAUUGGAUUGUUCGCUCUGGCUGCCUGCCUCUUUUUCUGCAGCUAUGCCUGUACCCUGGAAAGUGAGCACACGAUGUCUGCUGUUAUGCUUGAGGCACUCGGAACUUCCUGGCACAUACCUGACAGGCUGCAGCUGCUAUUUUGAGAUAUUAAGGAGAACAUUAGGAUUAUGGAGCCUGGUGAUUUAGCGGUAUGCCUCAUGACUUACAGAGACUAAAGAAGAAGGAGUGCGGAGGAGACACCUGACUCACCAAAGUGUCCUUCCUGGUGAAAACGGCGAAGCUCUUCCGUAGAAGAUGGGAGAUAAUACGAGCGCUGAAACCCUUCCCCGGACCCCCAGCCCACUGGUUGUUUGGACAUGUACUGGAGCAGAAACGCCAAAUUGACUGCAUUUGACAUCACUCAAAAUAAUAGAUACAGUUUCCUGAGGAUGGAACAGAUUUAGACAAGACUGUGACAUGGAUAAACCGAUAUCCGUAUGCUCACCCAAUCUGGUUUGGCCCGUUUACAGCUUUCUUAAGUAUCAACCACCCUGAUUAUGUUAAAACAUUACUUACAACUGCAGAGCCAAAAGAUGAUAUGGUGUACCAUUUUAUAACUCCCUGGAUUGGCGAGGGUUUACUAGUGAGUGGUGGACAGAAAUGGUUCCGCCACAGACGACUGUUAACGCCUGGAUUUCACUACGAUGUUUUGAAGCCAUACGUAAGACUGGUUGCAGAUUCCACUAAAAUCAUGUUGGAUAAAUGGGAACAACUUUGCACAAAAGAAAAUCAUGCACUGGAACUUUACCAACACGUCAGCCUUAUGACAUUGGAUAGUAUUCUGAAAUGUGCCUUCAGUUAUCGUGGCAACUGCCAGAUUGAAAGUGACAGUUCAUAUAUCCAGGCUGUGUAUGAGCUGUGCUUCCUCUCCAAUCAGCGGUUUAGAACUUUUCCAUAUCACAGUAACCUUAUCUACUAUCUGAGUCCACAUGGAUUUCGUUUUCGGAAAGCCUGCAACCUGGCCCACCGCCACACCGAGGAAGUGAUACGCCAGAGGAAGGAGACACUGAAAAAUGAGAAGGAAUUGGAAAAAAUCAAGGACAAGAGAUACCUAGAUUUCUUGGAUAUUCUGCUUUGUGCAAGAGAUGAAGAGGGAAAAGGAUUAUCAGAUGAAGAAAUUCGAGCAGAGGUGGACACGUUUAUGUUUGAGGGCCAUGACACUACUGCAAGUGGUAUCUCCUGGCUCUUGUACUGUCUGGCCCAACACCCAGAACAUCAGCAAAAGUGUAGAGAGGAAAUCCAGGAACUUCUGGAGGGCCUUAAAGAAAUUGAAUGGGAAUUGCUCAGUAAGAUGCCUUACAUUACAAUGUGCAUAAAGGAGUCUCUGCGACUUUGCCCCCCUGUCCCAGGAAUAUCCAGGAGGCUGACCAAACCGCUCACUUUCUUUGAUGGGAGGAAGAUACCUGAAGGUUGCCUGGUAGGUGUAAGCAUCUACUGUAUUCACAGGAAUCCUAUGAUCUGGGAUAAUCCAGAGGUGUUUGACCCUUCAAGAUUUUCACCUGAAAAUUCAGCAAACAGACACACACAUGCCUUCAUACCCUUCUCUGCUGGACCAAGGAACUGCAUUGGUCAGCAGUUUGCCAUGAAUGAAAUGAAGGUGGCUGUCGCAAUGAUUCUUAACCGGUUUGAACUGAAAAUUGAUGAAUCAAAACCACCAAUUAAAGUACCUCAGCUGGUCCUUCGAUCCAAAAAUGGAAUACACCUGAAGGUCAAAAAACUGGAUUAACACUAGCUGCAAGAAUAAGGAUACUUGGAAAAACAUAAGAAAAGUAAUAACUUCAAAAUCAGACAGAUCAAUCAGUAAACGAGACAAUUAUGGCAAAAUUAAUGUGGCGGUAGAAUAUUAAAAAAACUGGAAUACCUGUA